GGGGGGGGCUGUUAGUAAUGUAAUUUUGUGUUUUUCAGCUCUGACCGUCUCUGUGGGACGAUGGCGAACCCUCUGAGGGCUGAAGUGGUCCGACUCUAUAAAAACCUCCUCCACCUCGGCCGGGAGUAUCCUAAAGGAGGCGACUACUUCAGGGACCGUCUGAGAGCCGCCUUCUCUAAAAACAAAAGCGUGCAGGACCCGGAGCAGAUCAAGGAGAUGAUCGCCCGUGGCGAGUACGUGGCCCGUGAGCUGGAGGCGCUCUACUACCUGAGGAAAUACAGAGCCAUGAAAAAACGCUACUACGAAGAGUGAAACAGAGACACUUGAGACUCAGCCGCUCAGUGCCGCUGCUUCCUCAUCACAAACACAUCAAUCAAUCAUCAGAGUUCACACCGUUUUAACAAAACUUCUCCAGGACUUCGCGGCACAUUUUGAAGACCAUAUGUUCUCUGAAACAACCGUCAGUGCUCCUCAUCAGUUCUUCAUCUUUAAAGAUUUUUAAAUCAAACUUUGAGGCUUUUUUUCUUUUAAAACGU